AUGCUGUUAGAGGACCAUCAUUCCUAUCACACAUCCAAUUCAGGCCAUGUCAAAAAGAAGAGAGUUGGCAAGGCUUGCGACUCGUGCCGUAUAAAGAAAACAAAGUGCGACGGUAAGAAACCAUGCAACCGAUGCUUACUUGAUAACAAGAUUUGCGUGUUUACCGAGAAGAAGAAACUCAAGGAAAAAGUACAUCCACCAGGGUACACAGAGUUGUUGGAAACGAGAUUAGACCUCUUGUCCAAACUGUUUGAAAAAUUGAUUGACCUUGCUAAACCACACUUGCCCGAGAUUGAGGAGGUGAUUUCUAAGCAAAAGAAGAAUAAAUCACAAAGAGGAGGAGAAGUCGUAUUAGAAGAAGAAGAAGAACUUGAACAUGAACAUGAAAAUGAACAGGAACAAGAACAUGAACUUAAACAUGAACCUGAACAUAAACAUAAACACAAGCACGAGGUGGAAGCAGAAGGCGAUGGUGGUAUAUUCACAGACGAAGAUGCUGAGAACCAGGCGCAACAACAACAACAACAACAACACCAACACCAACACCAUCAUCAUAAUGAGCACGAGUAUGAUUUGAUCCCCAUCAACCAAGUUAUUGCAUACCUCAUUGAGAAAAGAGGCUUACUUAAGAACUUGCCUUUGGAAUGGGAGGAGGGUGCACUCAUUGCUGCAAAUACCGAUAGCACAAAUAUGAAUACGUCAUCAAAACUUUUUGCUGAGCACAAAUACGAGAAUGCAUCUGCUGGAUCCUCGCCCAAAUUGAGACACUCUUCAGUUUCAUCUGUUUCGUCAAAAAAGAUUCGAGUAAAACAAGAGCCAAUGUCUCCCAAUUUCUCACGAACAAGCUCUUCAGAAAUGCCGUUUCAAGUAAACCAGAAUAAGUUUUCUUUAACGUCGUCGUCGCACGAACCACCCUUGUCUGAUCUUGAAAGCGAUGCCUCAAAUGGCAACUCAGACUCGAUUUCACCUCCAUACUUGUAUGGCCAACCACCAAUGCAACCAGCAGCAUCUUUAUUUGCCAACAAUUUUACCACGUCGAGUAAAAACUCAUCCAUGUCGUCACUAAAUCACCGAUAUGAACAUCACAACUUGUCCAAUAUUGGCGAUUCGUCGUCAAUGUCUACUAGUCUAACAAACAAUAUUAUGGGAAACACACCGCUGUUUACACCAGUGUUGAAGAGAUCCCCUUCUUCUCUUACUUCGUUUAGUCAAAAGCUGAAAACAAACAGUGGCAAUGCCAUUAAUGCAAAUGGUCAUAUCCAUAAACCACAGCAUCAUAACAAGGCUCCAUCCAUCGAUACAAAGAGAAGAAAUAGUUCACUAUCGUCACCCACGUCGUCAGUAUACAAUGUCUUGUUAUCACAACCGCCCUCAGCAACAAUGCUGUUUCGUGACGACUUCAACCGAAACUACGAACCAGUAGAAGACGCAUUGGUAAUGGAGGGCUGCAGUAAUUUUGGCAAUGGUAUUGGUGUUGCUAACGCCAAUAGCAACAGCAAUAGCAACGCCAAUAGCAACACCAACAACAGUAGUAAGAACAAUAAUGAUGGCAGUAGUUCAAACAAUGGGCAGAUACCUUUCCAAAAUCAUUUCACAGGCCAACACGGAGAAAUCUUUCACGAUGCUUCUGGUUACUACAUGAACAAUAGCGAAGCAGGUGGAGCACCAGGUGCAAAUACUGCUGUUGGUACGGGCAUCGGUAUGGGCAUGAACAUGAGCAUGGGCAUGGGUGUGAGUGGUUUAGGUGCUGCUGGAGGUAUCCAAACCAAUGGUCAUGCGCAUUAUUUCGAUGGCUUAUCAGGGCCAUACGACCCCUUUAUAAACAAUAACAACGCGUUUUAA